GUUAAGUCUCGGGAGAAUGCGGGUUCUUGGGAACCUCGGAACUGCAAGCCCCGCCCAUCGCCCCGCAGAGUUUCCCAGCCAACGCGCCGUUGCCAUAGCAGCAAAGGGGGCGCGGCUGACGUGCAACGGCGUUUCCGGGAAUAUGGCGGCUAUCGAGGCGGCUGCGGAGCGGGUAACGGGGGUGUCGGCCGUUGGGCCAAAGGCUAAGGACGAAGACGAGGAGGACGAGGAGUCGCUGCCACCGUGUGAGGCGGUGCGCUGGGCUCCGGUGGGGGCAGUAGCGGAGGCCGGACCUGGAGCGGCUGCGUUUUCGGAAGAGGCGGCGGCGCAGUUCCGCUUGCGCCAGGUGGUGCGCGGGGCGCCGGCGGAGCAGCAGCGCCUCUUGCGCGAGCUCGAAGACUUCGCCUUCCGCGGCUGCCCUCACGUUCUAGGUUACGAGGGGCCCGGGGACCCCGCCAGCGACGAGGGCGACGGGCUUCCAGGAGACCGGCCACGGUUGCGGGGCGAGUACCAGGGCUUGAGUGAGCAGGAGAAACAGGAGCGUCUAGAAACCCAGAGGGAGAAGCAGAAGGAACUGAUACUGCAACUCAAGACCCAGCUAGAUGACCUGGAAACGUUUGCGUAUCAAGAGGGCAGUUAUGACUCUCUGCCACAGUCUGUGGUCUUGGAGAGACAGCGGGUGAUCAUAGACGAGUUAAUAAAGAAACUGGACAUGAAUCUCAAUGAGGACAUCAGUUCCCUGUCUACUGAAGAGCUUCGUCAGCGAGUGGAUGCAGCAGUGGCUCAGAUUGUCAACCCAGCCCGAGUAAAAGAACAGUUGGUUGAGCAACUGAAAACCCAGAUCCGAGACCUUGAGAUGUUUAUCAACUUCAUCCAAGAUGAAGUCGGGAGCCCCUUACAGACGGGCAGUGGACACUGCGAAUGCAAGGCUGGUGGGAAGACAGAAAAUGGUUCCACCAAAACAGGCAGUAGCAGACUGCCUCCAGGAAAUAGCAAAACAAAGGCAGAAGAUGUGAAGAGAGUCCGGGAGACGGGGCUACACCUGAUGCGUCGAGCACUGGCAGUGCUCCAGAUCUUUGCUGUUAGCCAGUUUGGUUGUGCCACAGGCCAGAUCCCUCAAACGCUAUGGCAGAGGGACCAGGCUGACAGAGACUACUCUCCCUUACUGAAGAGGCUGGAGGUAUCAGUAGACAGAGUGAAGCAGCUGGCCUUGAGGCACCAGCCUCAUGACCACGUCAUCACCUCUGCCAACCUCCAGGACCUCUCUCCAGGUGGCAAAGACGAGCUGACCCUGGCUGUGCGGAAGGAGCUGACAGUGGCUGUGCGGGACCUGCUGGCCCAUGGACUAUAUGCCUCCUCCCCGGGGAUGAGCCUUGUCAUGGCCCCCAUCGCUUGUUUGCUGCCAGCCUUUUCCUCGGCCCCUGAAGCCAUGCACCCCUGGGAGCUCUUUGUAAAGUACUACCAUGCUAAAAAUGGCCGAGCUUAUGUGGAAUCCCCAGCCCGUAAGCUGUCCCAGUCCUUUGCCCUGCCUGUUAUGGGAGGCACUAUUGUGACCCCCAAACAGAGCCUCCUGACAGCCAUCCACAUGGUGCUGACAGAGCACGACCCUUUUAAGCGCAGUGCAGACUCGGAGCUGAAGGCCUUGGUGUGCAUGGCACUGAAUGAGCAGCGCCUGGUGUCCUGGGUGAACCUCAUCUGCAAGUCAGGAUCACUCAUCGAGCCCCACUACCAGCCCUGGAGCUACAUGGCACACACAGGCUUUGAGAGUGCCCUCAACCUGCUCAGUCGCCUCAGCAGCCUCAAGUUCAGCCUCCCUGUAGACCUGGCCGUGCGCCAGCUCAAGAACAUCAAAGAUGCCUUUUGAUGAGAAAGUGUUCCCCCUAGACCAGUGCCUUGCUCCGUAGGGAUAGGUGUGUGUCUUUUUAGAAUAGGAGCAAGGAGCUGGAAGAAGGGUUAAAGACCUAGACCCUGCUUGGGUGGUCAGCCAAAUGAGCGCAUUCUGUUUUCUUCACCAACUUAGCAUCUCAAAAAGAUGAGCCAGAGGCUCCCCUUACAAGGUUCUGCCCUAGUACACACCAUGUAUGCGUGAGCACACGUGCAUAGCCUAUGUUAAAGGAAUGGAUCAUGGCACAUAGUUACUGCCACGUCAUGCCACCUCUGGUAUUUUGAAAACUUGGAUUUUUCUAAUUUUUCUAACCAUUCUCUAUGACAGUGAAUGACAACAUGAGUAAGUUGUCACAGGUGGCAGUCAGUCUGGGGCUUCUGUUAGUCGAACUGGCAUCUGUCAUCCUUCAUUUGAAGCAGGUUUGAGAGUCCAGAGGCCAGAAUUUUAAUUCUUUUUAUGAAUCUUGAUUCCCCUUUCUUCCUGACCCCAGAGUCAAGAAAGACUGUAUAUGUCAUGACUGCCUCUAAAAUUAGGAGUGGAAAUACAUAAGAACAUUUCUAAAGAAGUUGACCACAGGUUCAUACUUAAACAAGCUCUUUCCUUGAGGAAGGUAGGAGGUGAAAUCUGACAAGGUAGUCAUCUCCUGGCACAGGAAUGAAAACUGAGGUGUUGUACUAUGUCCUCUGGCAAGUAAACUUUCCUUUGUGUGCCUCCCAACAAAAGUGACAGUCAUUUUAGAAUUCAAUGUACUUAAGAUGCACUUCUCAAGAAUCCUUUCCUCUCAGUUGGGUAUUCGCAGGAAUCCCAUCUGGUAGCCAACAGCAACUGGUGGGCUGUGGCUUGCCACACUUGUCCUGGGGGCUGGAUGGACGAGGUCUGAACUUGGAAUAGGUACUACACCAGGAAUAGGUAUUGGGGGGUGGGUAGGAGUGUUGGGAGGUCGCUGUUUACAGACCUAGGGGCUGAGUAUUUCAAUACAGAACUGACCCCAGAGUGGUCCUGUUUGGUCUUCAGUAUUUCAGCCUUUUCUGUUCACAUUUGUUAUUCAACCUGUGGUGGGUUCUGCUCCUGAACUUACCAAAGAUGGGUGGAAUUUAUCACUCAGAACACUACCGGCCCUCCUUGUUUUCAUGUCUUAAAUUGCCAGCUGCACUUUGUUUCUGCACUUUACGGUAGUGCGUUUUAACUUUAAUGUUUUCAGCAACAUGUUACUUAUUUAAGAUACAUUGUUGAUAUUUCAUUAGAAUUAUUCUCCCUGUGAAUCAAGUGUGGAAUGUUGUGGAAAAUGAUAUACCUGUGGUUACUAAUAAAAUAAUAGUAUUUUGUGUAGAUUCUCUACGAUGACAACUUA